GAUAAUCCAAAUUAUAAAAUUACAGCUCUGCUGGAUCAUAUGGCAAUGAUAACAGUACAAUCAGAUCGUUAUGGAGUUUUUGAUUGCAAGCCUUUAGGCCUAAUUUGGGCUCAUUUUCCAGAGUUUUACAGUCCCAAAAACACUAUAAUGUUUGAUGACUUGCGAAGGAACUUUGUGAUGAACCCACAAAAUGGGUUGGUUAUAAAGCCAUUCAGGAAGGCACACGCGAACCGAAGCACUGAUCAGGAGCUCAUGAAGCUUACUCAAUAUUUGCUUGCCAUUGCAGAUCUUGAUGACUUAAGCGUUCUUGAUCAUAAGAACUGGGAGUCCUUUAAUGAGGAUAAUUUCAAGAGACGCCGACAUGCCUAAGCGUCUGGCAAUUUCUGAAAUCAACGAAAACCUGUUUGUGUUGUUAGACAAUACAAAAAGAAAUGUAUCCAUUCUGUUCCAUUACAAGGAGAAAACUGAACAUUUCUGAUGUA